ACCGGUCUUCGUAGCCAUAUAUUUAUUGCAACAUCUGUCGGAUCAUCGUGCUAAGUCACUACAUUAAGUCAUUAUACUUGCAGUCGCGGCAUAAUUAUGAGAUAACUCUCCAACGUGCGGCACAAAUACAUUUUAUACGGUUAUUCUAGGACGUAAUAUCAAUUGCACGGAAACCGCGAAUGAUAUAUAUUUUUUAUAUAUUUUGUAAAAAUAUUUUAUUGAUAAUUAAAAGAUUCUUUAAUCGCGGUCGCGAUCGCUUUUGGAACUGGCCUCAAAAAAUAAAAGUAUACGCCUCAUGAACCUAUGAUUCUUCCGGAAUUUCUCCAGGGAAUUGUAACUAACAAAUUUUACGAGCUAAUAAUAAGCUGAUAAUGAUCUGACUGCAAGUUUUUGAUGGCACAGUGCUUUUAUUUCUAUUCGUUAAAGAAAAAAAGAAAGAGGGGAGGGAAGAAAAUGUUAUCUUGAAAAGUUGCAUCUGGAGUUUCACGCGAUCGCAAGCGACGACGGUCCCGGGUCCUCGCCAGGUGAGCGCACACGGGAGAGUGACCGUUACGCAGGUAAAGCGCAGGUAGAACGCAGGUAGGACGCAGGUCGGUUCUCCAACUGUAGCGCCACCUGAGCCGAUCCAUCGUUGGUGCCUCAAAAUGGCCGUUCCUCUCACCUCAGACCUUCCUGGAACGCCGACGGAGGCAGGUGGCGGAUAUUCAGGUCCGAUCUGACUCUCGUGAGGCUGCCACGCUUAGUGCCGAGACCUCAUUCCAGGUGGCGGACAGCCGAAACCGUGUCACCCGAGACGUCCGCGCUGGAAGGUCGAAAGUGGCCGUCGUACGUGUGAUCGUACGUGAGAGUAGUACUCGUGGAGGAGUACCCGAGAAGAGACGGGAUACAAUCUCGAGAAGUCUGUGUCCGAUCGCGUAGGCGUUUCCGUCGAGACGAGCGAUCGACGACGAUCGAUAUCGCGGCGAUCGUUGGUGAACAACAGGUGGACCCGAUCGGCACCGCUUCUCUCCUCGUCUCGUUCCCCUCCCCGUCCUCCGCGUCGAGGGCGCGCGCGGAGCUCGCGAAACGGAGCGAGGCGCUCGCCUGGUGAUUUCGAUGCGCGGUACGGAAAUAAUCGGUAGACCGAAGGGGACCGCGAGUGAUACCGCGUGCAUGGUCGUUACGUAGUGCCUGCUCGACCUGCGAUUACCUAACUGUCGGGAGCAGUCACGUUCAGGGCGAUAUCAUCGAGGACUAGUCGACCAGUCGAGUGCGAGGAAAGGAGACAUGCCCGGCGGUCGCGGAAGUCGUCGAGACUGUUUGUGGACGACGCCGAGGCGAGGAUUAUGAGGACGUCGCACGCAUCAGGAGCGAAGCACUGCGCCGUACGAGACUGCAGCGAGCGGUGAUCAGAAGUCGGAGGAGGAGGACUAGGUACCGGCUAGGCGCGAUCCUUGUCCCACGGCCCGGGUGUACACCAUGUAUCGGCCCAACUUCUACGAGAGCACGUGUCUGAGAUGCGCUCAGACGGUCUACCAGGUCGACAGAGUCGGUCCCCUGAAGGACUUUACGUUUUUCCACGCGGGCUGCUUCAAGUGCGCGAUCUGCGGCACCAAGCUCACCUUGAAGACCUACUACAACAAUCAGCACACGAUCAACGACAAGGAGGUGUACUGCAGCAGCCACGUGCCCAAGCCUGGGCCCGGGACCCUGGACGGGUCCAGCGUGGGAAUCAGGAGCGCCCUCAACGUGCCCAGAAGCGGCUACGUUAACGAGCAGAUCAGAGCGGGAGGCGCGUCGCCGCGCGGCGUCUAUCCACCAUGUUACGAUAAUGUAGACUCGCCUAAUUAUGCCAGGCACCUGAACGGGCACGGCUCACCGCCAGCUAACUCGUCCCAGCGCGAUGGCAUCCACGGCGGCAUCGGCACCGGCACCGGUACCGGAACCGGCGGCGCCUCCUCGCCGUACAAUCACAAUUAUUCGGGAGAUGGCAGCUAUCAGUACGGCAGGUUCGACGCGAGCGCCCUGCACAUCGCCCAUGCGCUCAAGCAGACCGAGCUACAGAAGGGCUACAGCAAGGCCCGCGAGAAACCCAUCGAUUAUUAUCUGGAUCGCGAUGAACAGACGCGUCUCGAGAUGAAGCACCGGAAGGAAGAAGAUGAUUUAUACAGAAAAUUUGCGCAUCAUCGCGAGGAAGAGGACCGACGAAUUCGUGAGGAAUUUCGAGAUGAAUGGGAGAAAGAGUUGGAGCAAUUGUCGGCGAGAUGGGAACGAGAAAAAGGCGGAAGAGUUCGAACCCAACAAUUUCAGCAAGAGAAGGAAGACUUGGAAAAGAACAUGACUCUACGCAGGGACAAGAAGAAAGAAAGUCUCACGCGCAAGAUGCUGGAGCACGAACGGGCGGCAACCGCCGCACUGGUGGAGAAACAGAGCUCGGAGAUGCUGGAGCUGAUCAAUGAGGCGAGAAGCGAGUACAUGCUACAGGAGAGUUUAUACCUUGACGAAGGAGACGGUUAUAUCCAGGAAGCGCCGCCUCCGCCGUAUCCAUCGCGCGCGCCACCCCCGCAGCCACCAGCCCUCGCCAAGUACCAUAUCUACAAUGAUCCCCUGGAGUUUGCCGACAUGGAUCAGAUAGCUAUUUCGGUAGCCCAAGAAGAUCAAAAAACGUUCACGGACUUAGUACGGCAGUUGGUGAGCAGAUGCGGAUCAGAUAUAGAAAAGGCGAGGACAAUAUUCCGAUGGAUCACCGUGAAGAAUCUGAACACUAUGCAGUUCGAUGAAAACUUACGGGGCGACACUCCCAUGGGUCUGCUGAGGGGCAUCAAACACGGCACGGAAAGUUACCACGUUCUAUUCAAACGAUUGUGCAGUUACGCGGGCUUGCACUGCGUGGUCAUCAAGGGUUACAGCAAGUCGGCGGGCUAUCAGCCGGGCGUCUGCUUCGAGGACAACCGAUUCCGGAACAGCUGGAACGCCGUGUACGUGGCAGGUGCGUGGCGGUUCGUCCAGUGUAAUUGGGGAGCACGACACCUCGUCAAUGCCAAAGAGGUACCCCGUCCCGGCCAGGCGAAAGCCAAGAACGACAGCCUCAGGUACGAGUACGACGAUCAUUACUUCCUGACGGACCCCCGGGAAUUCAUAUACGAAUUCUUCCCUCUGCAAGAGGACUGGCAGUUGCUUAAACAGCCAAUUUCACUUAAGGAUUUCGAGGAAUUGCCUUUCGUGCGGUCUCUAUUCUUCAGGUACGGCCUUUACUUUCCGGAUACGAAUACGAAUGCCGUUAUGUAUACGGAUUCCACCGGUGCUGCGACCGUGAGGAUAGCGAUGCCGGCGCAUAUGCAAUCAUCCCUUAUCUUUCAUUACAAUCUCAAGUUUUACGACAACGACGGCGACGGCUACGACGGCGUGUCGCUCAAGCGUUUUGUCAUGCAGUCGGUUGUGGGAAAUAUAGUUGCGUUCCGAGUUCACGCACCAUGUUCCGGAUCUUUUCUCUUGGACAUAUUCGCCAAUGCGGUAACGCCAAAGGAAUAUUUGACCGGCGAACCAAUGAAGUUCAAGAGCGUCUGUAAAUUUAAAAUCGCGUGUGAGGAAUUGCAAACGGUGAUGGUACCAUUGCCGGAUUGCGCCAGUGGCGAAUGGGGUCCAACCAAAGCUACUAGAUUAUUUGGUCUUAUACCCAUCACUCAUCAGGAAGCGCUGGUGUUCGCCGGGCGCGAGCUGGAGAUUCAAUUCCGCAUGUCGAGGCCGUUGACGGACUUCAUGGCGACCCUGCACAAGAACGGCAUCGAGGAGAAACGCCUGUCCAAGUACGUGACGCAUUCCAUCGCCGACGACGACGUGGUCACCUUCUCCAUAAGCUUCCCCGAGGAGGGCCAGUACGGUCUGGACGUCUACACCAGGGAAUCCACGGCCUCGCCCGUCGCUCAGCACGACGUCACCGGCGAGAAGCAUCUGCUCACGCACUGCUGCAAGUACCUCAUCAACUCCAGCAAGAGGAAUUGAGAGUGAGCCCGGGCGCUCUCGAAACAUAGUUUCGGCAUCACCCGAAAACUUCCGCUCCAGUUGCGGAUGGUGAUUGCCGGCGAGGAUCAAGAUUCCAGUGCUCGUUAGAGACGAGCGAGGGCGAAUGCACUUCUCCCGUUGGUGCUUUCGGGAAAUUAUUAUAAUCGGGAAAACGAAUUGAAAUAUUUUGCAGGCAUAAUGAACUGUACUGUCGGUAUACUUAUCGUGUCAAGACGAUGACAACUGUUUUAUGAAUCGAAAGUCUCGCUCUCGUCGUCACCGAGCGUCGUCAUCAUAUUCUUAGAAGACCGAGAGAGUCUACAACGCUCUCGUCCAGAAGUGGAUCCGGUCAUUAAUGAUAAACUAACGACGCUUCGUGGGGAGGAAACCAAGAGAGAAAAGAGAAAAGAGGCCCCAUCGAGUGACGACGAAGAGACAAUGGUGAAAGCAGUGAUGUUCCACGUUCGCUCUUCAAGGACUAUUUUUAUGCAAUUCCGCUACCUCGAGUCUAACAGUAGGCUUACGACUUGGAGAUAACUAUUAAUGUAAAAUUAACUAUGGAACUUUAGUUUGACACGGGAGAGACAUUUUUUUUUCAAAGAGUUUCAGGUAGCAAAGAAUAUCUUCUUUGCGUGUGUGCGGGACAAUUUUAAUGGGAUUUCCUGAACACCCGAUAUAUUCGGGCUGAUCGUGCUCCCUUGUAUCAUCUGCAGAGUUAGUACUUCUAUAUGAUCCUCCCUCGCGGUCAUGUUUCUCUUACGCAACGUGUCAAAUAAAUAAUUGCAAUCUGCAUCGUAACAAUGUCACCUCGAAGCUUUACUUUCAUCGACAGAUCAUUCAUACAUUUAUCACUAAUACGGCAUUAAUUUGCAGAACUACCUAUUAUAUUAUUUUUUCACAUCAAGCGUAUAUGACGCGUACAGACCGAAUAUCGUAAGCAAAUAUAAUAUAUAUUUUAUGUACGAAAGAUGCUUUUGUAUAUAUAUAUAUAUAUAUAAUGUACGUAUAAGAUCAUUACGAUUUGAAAUCUUGUAACGUCUUGUAUCGUUAUUCACAAGGAACAUAUCUGAUUCGUAUCUGAAGAAGUACUCGUCCAAUUUUGUGUAAUGCACUCUCCUAUUUUUUAUGUACAUUGAUUCUCCUGAUCAGAAUUUAAUUAUCUAUUCUGCAAUUAGACUGGCGUGUCCCCUUUUGAAAUUAAUAUAAUUUCAAGUCGCAAUUUUCGUAAUGCACAGGUGCUAUACUUUAUCUCUUAUAAUUAUUCGCACAACGAUUAGCAGUCAUACAAUUAUUAUAUAGUGAUAGAAUAGUAUUCGCACCCUCGACUAUGCGAGCAAAACGUCGUUUACAAUAAUUAAAAAGAAGAACAGUAUAUACUUGUUAAUCGUGUAAUAUUAAUUUUCUUUCUUGUUGUCAAUUAAAAUUUUAACUAUGAAAGAAUUUCCCAUAUUAUUAUCUCUUGUAAUAGAUGUAUCUUUCUUCUCUCUUCUUUCUCUCUCUCUCUCUCUCUCUUUCUGUUUCUCACUCUUCUUUAGUUUAUGAAGUCUAUUUUGUUAUCCAUUAACAUUUAUAACUAUGUAAAUUAAUUUUUUUAUAUGUAGUUACUUUA